UUUUUACCUCAGAUUUUUAUUUGAUAAAUUCUUCUAUUUUUCGAUCUUAUUUUUUAUUAAAAGUGUUUUUUAACCGGCGGGGAUGAUGUUUGCUGUGACACAGUGGAAUAUCGGAUAGUUUGACACGCCACUUUGGGUUUUGUUCGGACCUUGUUGUUUUACCUCAGAGAUAAAGUUGUGUGAUUGAAACCGGGAGCGAUUAUCUCGGUAUUUUAAGUUGAUAUUUUAUCGGUGAUUUGUUCAUCAUGUCGUUAUUCGGUAAGAUCUUUCGCCUGCCGUCUCUGGAUAAGAAGAGAGUGAAGCAGUAUGAACAUGUACACAGAGAAGUGAACCCGGCUGAGCUGUGGGAGAUUGUGGGAGAGCUGGGGGACGGAGCUUUCGGAAAAGUUUAUAAGGCCCAGAAUAAAGAAACCAGAGUUCUUGCUGCUGCCAAAGUGAUCGAGACCAACAGUGAGGAGGAGCUGGAGGAUUACAUGGUGGAGAUCGAAAUCCUGGCUUCAUGUGAUCAUCAGUACAUCGUCAAACUGCUCGACGCUUUCUAUUAUGAAAACAAGCUGUGGAUCAUGAUCGAGUUCUGUCCCGGUGGAGCUGUGGACGCCACCAUGCUAGAGCUGGACCGGGGUUUGACGGAGAAGCAGAUCCAGGUGAUCUGUAAGCAGAUGCUGGAGGCUUUGGUUUACCUGCACAGCAUGAAAAUCAUCCAUCGAGACCUGAAGGCUGGAAACGUCCUGCUCACACUGGAUGGAGACGUCAAACUGGCUGAUUUUGGGGUGUCGGCUAAAAACACCAAAACCUUACAGAGGAGAGACUCGUUUAUUGGGACUCCGUACUGGAUGGCUCCUGAGGUGGUGAUGUGCGAGACCACGAAGGACGCUCCCUACGAUUACAAAGCCGACAUCUGGUCUCUGGGCAUCACGCUGAUCGAACUGGCUCAGAUCGAACCUCCGCACCACGAGCUCAACCCCAUGAGGGUCCUGCUGAAAAUCGCUAAAGCUGAUCCACCCAGCCUGGAUCAGCCGUCCAAAUGGUCGGCGGACUUCAAGGAUUUCCUGAAGCGAGCGUUAGAUAAGAACCCCGAGACACGACCAUCAGCUCUUCAGCUUCUAGACCACCCGUUUGUGAGCUCGGUGAAGUCCAACCGGCCUCUGACGGAGCUGGUGGCCGAGGCUAAAGCUGAAGUGAUGGAGGAGAUGGAGGACGAGAGGGACGAGGACGCAGACGAGGACGAGAACAUCGACCUCACAUCACCUCCUGCCAAAGACCCGUCGGAAACCAGUCAGACCAGUCUGGAUGGCGACCACGCUCCCGACGCGCCUCUGCCCGAGAGUCCCACCGAGACGGAGUCGCUGAAGCUGGAGCGGAAGCUCUCCGACGAGGACGGCGACAAACCCGAAAGCAAGCACUCCAGCUCCGACUCGGGGAUCGAGGACGGGAAGAGCACGCCCACGUCCGAGGAGGAAGGAAAAGCCGAGUCGCCGUCCUCGCCGCCUCCCGGCAUCGAGACCGCGCACCCGGGAGAGCGGAAGGUGCGAGGGGGCAAACCCGGCGGCGAGGGUUCGGUGAGGCGCCAGUCUGGUGCGGCGUGGAACGGGAGCGUGUGUUCGGACACGCCCCGCCACGCCGACGGGAAGACGACGAAGAGGGGCUCCGAUGCCAGCAGUCUGCUCUCGGACAGCAUCGAUAUCAGCCUGAACGCCUCGGGGACCAGAGACAGCGGCACGGUGCGGGACGCUCGUUUCUGCAGUCGCACCCUGAGACGCACCCGAAGGUUUAUGGUGGACGGUGUGGAAGUGAGCGUCACCACCGCCAAGAUCAUCGGCGACGAUGAGAAGAAGGACGAGGAGAUGAGAUUCCUCAGACGGCAGGAGUUGAGAGAGCUCCGUUUGCUGCAGAAGGAGGAACACCGAGCUCUGACGCUGCUUAAUUCCAAACUGGACGGUCAGAGAGAGCUCAUGCAGAGACGCUUCGACCAGGAAAUGAACGUGAAGAAGAAGUUCUACGACACCGAGCUGGAGAAUCUGGAGAAGCAGCAGAAGCAGACCAUCGAGAGGAUGGAGCUGGACCACGCCGUACAUCUGCGCGAGGAAACCAAGCGCGUGCGCGCGGAGCAGGAUCGAGCCCUGCACAGGUUCCAGGAGACGAUGAAGCAGCGCAAGAAAGAGGUGAAAAAUGAAGUGGAGAAGUUACCCAGGAACCAGAGGAAGGAAAGUUUAAAACAACGUUUGAAUCAAUUCCAGCAGAAGAAAGUUACAGAGGAGGAGCAGUUCCGUGCAGAUCAGCAACAUCAACUGGAUACGACUCUGAAAAACAUCAUCGCGCGAAACAAGCAGGAGAUCGCGGAUAAAGAGCGCGUCUGCCUCGAGAAGAAACAGAACCUGAUCCGAGAGAGAGAAAAUGCGAUCUGGGAGCUGGAGGAGAAGAACCUGCACGAGAGACGGCAGCUUCUCAAGGGUCAACUGAAGGAGAAAUACUUCCUCCAGAGACACCAGCUCCUGAAGAAGCACGAGAAGGAACUGCUGCAGAUGCAGAGCUACAACAAUCGCAUGGUGGAGAUGCUGAAAGGUCGGCAGCAGCAGGAGAGGAACCGGCUGCCCAAGAUCCAGCGCGGUGAAGGGAAAACCCGCAUGGCCAUGUUCAAGAAGAGCCUCCGCAUCAACUCUACAGGCAGCACCGCAGAAGAUCGGGAGAGGGUCAAACAGUUCUCCAGGCAGGAGGACAACAGACAGAAAGCCGAGCGUCUUCACCUGCAGCAGAAACAUGAACUCCAGAUGAGAGACAUGAUGGGUCAGUGUGAGAGCAACAUCCGAGAACUCCAACAGCUACAGAAUGAGAAGUGUCACCUGCUGGUGGAGAACGAGACUCAGAGACUGAAGGCCCUGGAUGAACAUCACAACCAGCUGCUGAAGGACUGGAGGGAGCAGCUCAAACCCAGGAAGAUGGCCCUGGAGGACGAGCUGAACCAGAAGAAGCGCGAGCAGGAGAUGUUCUUCAGGAGGAGUGAAGAUUCCGAGUGUUCGAACCCCAGCUCGCCCAGCAGAUACACCAAGUUCCUGCCCUACACGGAGUCCUCCAACACUUAGACCCUGCCCACGGGGCCUCAGGCUGUCUGUAGCUCCGGAAAAGCCGGCUUUUAUUUUUUAUUAGUUUUAUUUUAUCGUUAUUAGAGGAAAUCUAUAUAAAAAGUGAAGAGAUUUAUAAUAUCAUAUAAAGAGAAAAUAUAAAUAUAAGUUUAGAUGAAGGAGAAACGGCAGUGAAGCCACUUACCAAAGCCAGAAGUGUAAUCAGUCUUAUUGUUAUUAUCAUUAUUAUUAUAUUUUUAAUGAUUAUAUUAUUAUGAUUCUUGUUAAUAUGAUUUUAUUCCACUUUGUUUGUAAAAUACAUUUACAGAAUUUAUUCAGCAAUAAAAUACAAGCACUUCUGUCCUAGCACAGAUUCUAAUAGAAGAGCGUCCGUGUGCCUUCAUAAAACGCCAAAGUUUAUAAUCUUCUGCACAGAAAAGCUAAUAAAUGUAAAGUUUAGGGUUCUUUCUGUACCUGGACGUGACUUUAAUGCUUAAACAGUGUAACCUGUUCCAGUCUGGUGUAAAUGUGAUGCGCUGCUGUUAGAGGGACGUCGGUACGUUCGCUUGUUUUGUUGUCGAGUCCCGGAGUUACUGUCGAGUGCAACACUGGAUGCAUGACUGACCCCCUCGGGCAGUUAAAAAACCCCCAAAUGUUCCCAUAAACACUCACAGCACAGCUGCCUACCAUAUAGAUACACUGUGGGUAUACUGUAUACAAUCACUGACUGGAGCUCGUGUUGUUCUGCACACAGUCACCCUCACCUCAUAAGACCCCCCGUGUAUUAGAUGAUGUGUAGAUGCACUGAUACUAAUAUAGUAAUAACAUAGUAGUGUGUGUGUGUGUUUAAAAAUCCCAACAACACUGCUGCACCUGCUUCUCUAAUACACUGUUUGUACUGGCUGUAGGUGUACAGUACCCACAAAGCGCACCCAUGUGGUGGGCGUGGCUCAUAAAAUGGCCAAUGAAUGUACAUACCUUAUAAACAGACCGGGGUGUUUUUACAUGCACUAGCAGGAACAGUUAACAGUAGUUGGAACUCUGUAUGGCCAGAAGUAUGUGGACACCUCACAAAGAACGUGGUGAGAGGGGGGGGGGGGGUAAAUCAGUUAUUUGCCACUCGCCUUCUUCUAAAAGGUUUACCUGAGAGUUCGGAGGGUGUCUGUGGGAACCUGUUCAGUAGUCGACAGUUCCUGUUCCAGCACAGAUGUGUAAACACCUGGAGUGUAAUUAGAACGGUGUCCGCAUGUUUUUGGCCGUAUAGAUUAUUGCAUUCGAAGCGCUGACGCCUCACCUAAGUGCAAUAACACGUCUUUAUUCUACUGCGUACAAAUCUCUCUCAUUAUAUUAUUAUUAUUAUUAUUAUUAUUAUCGUUUAAGGUGGAUGUGAAAUCGGGUACACGAGCUUUAACUGCAGUCGUUCUGUGUGUCCAGAACGAAGCUUUAUUCUUCUUCUCUUUAUUUUAACCUACAGCAUGUAAAUGGAUCCUGAACUUUUAUUAAAACAAACGUUUCUGUACAGAAAUCUAACAAAUAAAUCAGAUAUUUAUUAUA